AUGAUUGAGUCGACUGUUGACGUGGAGGUGGCUCCGCGCGUUCAGAUCGCGAAGAAGUCGAUGUGGCAGUCGAUCUUCGAUAACCCUAAAGUCAUCUUUAUUGCCUUUUUUGCUUCGCUCGGUGGGUUCGAAUAUGGCUACCAGCAGGGUGUCCUUGGCCAGUCAUUGGUCAUGACUCGCUUCACUGAGAACUUCCCGUCUGUGGUGGCUUCGUCUACGGCAACGGGCUGGUUGACCUCCAUUCUUCAAGUUGGAGGUAUUGUGGGAUCUCUUUCGGCUGGUAUCUUGGGCGAGAUCUUCUCUCGCAAGUAUACCAUGUUCUUUGCCUGCUGCUGGGUCGUUCUCGGAAGUUAUCUCUACGUGGGUGCUACAGUUGGCAACCCAUCUCUCCUGUAUGCAGGCCGUUUCUUCACUGGUUUGGGCGUCGGCCUGUUCAGCGGUGUCGGCCCACUUUACAACGCCGAACUCGCCGCUCCUGAGAUGCGCGGUCUUCUGGUCUCCUUCUACCAAUUCGCCACCAUUCUCGGUAUCAUGAUCUCGUUCUGGGUCGGAUACGGCAGCAAUUUCAUCGGCGGAACGGGUCAGACGCAGUCCGACAUUGCUUGGCGUCUGCCCUCUAUCAUCCAGGGUAUUCCCGCUUUCUUCCUGGCCUGUGGUAUUUGGUUCAUGCCGUUCUCGCCCCGCUGGUUGGUUAAGCAAGGCCGCGACGAGGAGGCUCAAGCUACUCUGGCUUGGAUGCGCAAGCUUCCCGUUGAGCAUGAACUGGUUCAAGUCGAGUACCUCGAGAUCAAGGCGGAGUCCGUGUUCGAGCAGCGUGCGUUUGCGCGCAACUCGCCCAAGCUGGCGGAGCGGGAGCGCCAGAGCGUUUUCAUGAACCAGAUUGCUCAGUAUGUCAACUGUGUGCGGACCAUGGAUAACUUUAAGCGUGUGGCUACUGCUUGGUUGAUCAUGUUCUUCCAGCAGUGGAGUGGUAUUGAUGCCAUUAUCUACUACGCGUCAAACGUUUUUGUUAGUCUUGGUUUGACCGGCGGAACUAUUGCGCUGCUGGCUACGGGUGUGACUGGUGUAGUCUUCAUUGUCAGCACGGUUCCUGCUAUGUUGAUCAUUGACAAGGUAGGCCGCAAGCCUAUGCUUCUGGUCGGAUCCAUGGUCAUGUUCUGUAGCAUGGUCAUUGUCGGAGUCAUCGUGGCCAAGUUCCAGCACGACUGGCCUCACCAUGUGGCAGCGGGUUGGACCGCAGUUGCACUCAUCUGGCUGUACAUUGCCGGCUUCGGAGCCACCUGGGGACCUUGCUCAUGGACACUCGUCUCGGAGAUCUUCCCUCUCUCUAUUCGUGCAAAGGGUGCCUCCAUUGGUGCUUCUAGCAACUGGGUCAACAACUUUGCUAUUGCCUUCUUUGUCCCCCCGAUGCUUAAGGCCUGGGAGUGGGGCACGUACAUCUUCUUCGCUGGGUUCCUGGCGGUAGGUAUGGUUUGGGUCUGGUUCUUCCUGCCAGAGACCAAGAAUGCCAGUCUCGAGGAGAUGGAUCGCGUCUUCGGUAGCCACACGGGUGAGCGAGAUGCCGAGCUGCUUCGUGAGGCGCAGCGCGAUGUCGGCCUGACCUCGUUUAUUGAACGGAUGGGAUCUGCGACCGGUCGUGAUUUGGAGAAGACGGAAGGAUCUCAGUAUAUCGAAACUCUUUGA